GAGGCGGCUGGAACGAUGAAUCGAAUUCCGGUGGGAGUGAUCCGGGGGUGUGCGACUAUGGCGACCAGCAGAAAAAUAAGGAGUGGCAACCGUACGCGGCGGCGAUGGCGGCUGCCUAUGCGAAAGCCGUGCUGAGGGAGAUACCUCCCGUAGGAAGUACAAGUCGUACGGAUGGUACUACAAGGGCUAUGAGAUCAAACGAAUCUGCUCUUCCAUGUUACUAUAUCCAGCUUCCUAAGAACGCCCGCUUCACUGGUCGAAAUACCGUCCUGGACACAUUAAGUCAAGCAUUCUUCACGUGAGCAGAAACCCGACGAAUGGCACUGGUCGGUCUAGGUGGCAUCGGCAAGACGCAGAUUGCGCUACGGUUUGCUUACGAUAUCAAAGCUAGCCAGCCCGACUGUUCUAUCUUCUGGGUACCAGUCCUGAGUCAUGGCAGCGUAGAACAGGCGUACGUCGAGAUAGCCAGGAAGCUAGGCGUCCAGAAGAAGACCGACGACGAAGAUAUCAAGGAACUAGUUCGCCAAUAUCUGAGCUCGGACAAAGGCGGCAACUGGCUGUUCGUGGUUGAUAAUGCUGACGACCAGGAGCUAUUCUUCGGAUCUGACGACAAGGCUGGUGUUGAGGAGUACCUUCCUGAGGGCGAGAACGGAUUAAUCCUGUUGACGACGCGAUCGAGACAAGUAGCUGUGCAGUUUGCACAGUCUAAGAUUAUCGACAUUGAGGAAAUGGACUCGAACGAGGCAACACUACUUCUCCAGAAGUAUCUCGCGCAGAGACAGACACCCCAGGACGAAGCACUACUAGAAGAUCUUCUUAUCCAACUAACCUAUCUUCCGCUCGCAAUCACCCAGGCAGCAGCAUAUCUCAAUCAGACCAAGGUACCAAUCCGCAAAUACCUAGGGUUACUACGUGGGGCCGAGAAAGAUGCCGUCCGGCUCUUAGGUCGAGAAUUCCGCGACAGCACAAGAUAUCGGAACUCGCAUAACGCUAUAGCCACAACAUGGAUUGUUUCAUUUGAACAGAUUCUGAAGUCCGAUCCAGUUGCGGUCGAUCUGCUCUCGUUUACGGCAUGUAUCGAGCCGAAGGCGAUACCACAAUGGAUCAUGCCCGGGUCUGAGUCAGAGGAGAACGAAUGGGCGAUCGGCAUCCUCUGCGGCUACUCGUUUCUUGCUCGGCGAGGAGACGACGAUAUAUUCGAUAUGCACAGUCUUGUGCAUAUGGCCACGCGGGAAUGGAUUAAGAAGCAGGAUCGACAUGAACGGGUGGCGUAUGAUGCUAUUCGUCGCUUCAACGAUAUAUUUCCUCCAAGCGAUCAUGAGAACCGUAAGCGGUGGCGGCAGUGUAUGCCACACGCAAUGCGGCUUCUUCAUGACACUCAGGCUUCGGAAACAGAACACCGAUAUGAGCUUGUGUUUCAUGUUGGGAGAUGUAUGCAUAUCGACCGACGGUUUAAAGAAGCAAUACGAUGCUUUGAAGAAAUGUGGCGCUGAGGAAAAAAUGGCAAUACAGGGGAAAGGCUAUCAAAGGAGCACAUAGAAAGCUGGCUCGCGAGGGCAUACCCCAACGACCGACGGAUCAAGGAGGCGAUCGAGAUGUUCGAGCAUGUCGUUGCUGUUGAAGCUCACAAUUAUGCCGAGGACGACCCUGAGCGCGUUCUCUCCGUGGAUCUGCUAGCGGAUGCAUACAUACAACUCGAAUCGUGUAAUGAGAAUAUGGACAGCAAGAGUCCAGUCUCAGAUGGCGAUGACUAAGGGCGCAACAAGGACACUACCAUGAGCAGGCAUGCAUCCAUCGAGAAGCUCAUAAAGGCUAUGAGUAGCAUGCAAAUCUAGAGAACGAAGCACGGGGAGUCUGCUGUACCACAGAGUGGAUCGCAUCUAGGACGAUAAUCAAGUUUCAGCUUUAUUCAUGCAUAAA